AGAUAAGUGCACCUGUAUAUUUAGCAGCAGUACUUGAAUACCUUUCAGCUGAAAUUUUAGAGCUGGCAGGAAACGCUGCCCGUGAUAAUAAAAAGUCAAGAAUCAUUCCCCGUCAUCUACAACUGGCAAUUCGUAAUGAUGAGGAAUUAAAUAAAUUACUUGGUCAAGUCACAAUUGCGCAAGGAGGUGUUUUGCCAAACAUCUAUCAAAACUUGUUGCCAAAAAAAGUAUCAAAGAAAGGCGAUAAAAAUAUUCCAGCAUUGAGUAUUUUGGCUACUCAUCCAAAUUUACUUCAUAAAGUUGUACCUAAUUGGAUUGAUCAAGAUUGGUGUCAUAGUGACGAACCUGGAAAACAAUUGAGUGUAUAUAAUUUUCGAGAGAAAGCCUACGCAAAAUUAUGUAAAUGUUAUGAGGCACUAGAAGCAGGAUCUGCUUCGGAUGCAUUAGUUGAUUUGAUUGGAACUGUUCCUGGAACAAUUGAAUUAAAAAUCUGA